AUGUCUCGCCAGUCGAGUGUAUCCUUCCGGAGUGGGGGCGGCCGUAGCUUUAGCGCUGCCUCUGCCAUUACCCCGUCUGUCUCCCGCACCAGUUUCACCUCCGUGUCCCGGUCCGGGGGUGGCGGUGGCGGCUUCGGCAGGGUCAGCCUAGGGGGUGCUUGUGGAGCAGGUGGCUAUGGCAGCCGGAGCCUCUACAACCUGGGAGGCUCCAAGAGGAUCUCCAUCAGCACUAGUGGUGGCAGCUUCAGGAACCGAUUUGGUGCAGGUGCUGGAGGCGGCUAUGGCUUCGGAGGUGGAGCCGUGAGUGGAUUUGGUUUUGGCGGUGGAGCCGGUGGCGGCUUUGGGCUCGGUGGCGGCGCUGGCUUUGGAGGUGGCUUUGGUGGCCCUGGCUUCCCUGUGUGCCCCCCUGGAGGCAUCCAAGAGGUCACCGUCAACCAGAGUCUUCUGACUCCCCUCAACCUGCAAAUCGACCCCACCAUCCAGCGGGUGAGGACUGAGGAGCGGGAGCAGAUCAAGACCCUCAACAACAAGUUUGCCUCCUUCAUCGACAAGGUGCGGUUCCUGGAACAACAGAACAAGGUCCUGGACACCAAGUGGACUCUGCUCCAGGAGCAGGGCACCAAGACCGUGAGGCAGAACCUAGAGCCUUUGUUUGAGCAGUACAUCAACAACCUCAGGAGACAGCUGGACAGCAUCCUGGGGGAGAGGGGCCGCCUGGACUCAGAGCUGAGGAACAUGCAGGACCUGGUGGAGGACUUCAAGAACAAGUAUGAAGACGAAAUCAACAAGCGUACCACUGCUGAGAAUGAGUUUGUGAUGCUGAAGAAGGACGUGGAUGCUGCCUACAUGAAUAAGGUGGAGCUAGAGGCCAAGGUCGAUGCCUUAAUGGACGAGAUCAACUUCAUGAAGAUGUUCUUUGAGGCGGAGCUGUCCCAGAUGCAGACGCAUGUCUCAGACACUUCUGUUGUCCUGUCCAUGGACAACAACCGGAACCUGGACCUGGACAGCAUCAUCUCUGAGGUCAAAGCCCAAUAUGAGGAGAUUGCUAACCGCAGUCGGACAGAAGCUGAGUCCUGGUACCAGACCAAGUAUGAAGAGCUGCAGCAGACAGCAGGCCGGCAUGGGGAUGAUCUCCGCAACACCAAGCAAGAGAUCUCUGAGAUGAACCGGAUGAUCCAGAGGCUGAGAGCUGAGAUUGACAAUGUCAAGAAGCAGUGUGCCAAUCUGCAGAACGCCAUUGCUGAUGCUGAGCAACGCGGGGAGCUGGCCCUCAAGGAUGCCAAGCACAAGCUGGCCGAGCUGGAGGAUGCCCUGCAAAAGGCCAAGCAGGACAUGGCCCGGCUGCUCAGGGAGUACCAGGAGCUCAUGAACACCAAGCUGGCCCUGGAUGUGGAGAUUGCCACCUACAGGAAGCUGCUGGAGGGCGAGGAGUGCAGACUGAGUGGAGAAGGAGUUGGACCAGUCAACAUCUCUGUCAUCACAAACAGCGUGUCCUCUGCCUACGGAGGCAGCAGUGGCUUUGGCAGUGGCCUUGGUGGAGGUCUUGGCGGUGGUCUUGGCGGUGGUCUUGGUGGUGGUCUUGGAGGAGGUGGCGGUGGGAGCUACUACUCCAGCAGCAGUGGAGGCGUUGGCCUCGGUGGUGGGCUCAGUGUGGGGGGCUCUGGCUUCAGUGCAGGCAGUGGCCGAAGCCUGGGGGUGGGCUUUGGCAGUGGUGGGGGCAGCAGCUCCAGUGUCAAGUUUGUCUCCACCACCUCUUCUUCCCGGAAGAGCUUCAAGAGCUAA